UUGAAUUGGAACUGAAGAAAUUUACCUUCCUUUUUGGACAACAGACAGUGACGAUAAUCAUGUUGUUUACACCUUUAAGACAUUCAUAUACACUGACGUUAUGCUUGACGUUACUGGUGUCGGCGGUGUUUGGCGGAAAAAUGAAGAUCGUCGAGGAGCCGAACACGUUUGGGUUGAAUAAUCAUCUCAUGGCUCAGGGCAACAGGCUGCAGGCCAGAGUCAGCCCGGCUCCAGUGUCUGGGCCCCCUCACCUGCUCCGGCUGGCCGGGAAAUGCUUCAGCUACACCGAGUCGAUGUACAAGUAUGAGUUCUGUCCAUUUCAUAACGUGACCCAGCAUGAGCAGACAUUCAGAUGGAAUGCCUACAAUGGAAUUCUGGGGAUAUGGCAGGAGUGGGAGAUUGAGAACAAUACUUUCACAGCCAUGUGGAUGAGGGAAGGAGACUCCUGUGGAAACAAAAACAGGCAAACAAAGGUCAUCCUGACGUGUGGGAGCAGCAGUAAGCUAGCGCGUGUGUCAGAGCCUCAGACCUGUGUUUAUUCUUUGACGUUUGAGACGCCACUUGUUUGUCAUCCACACUCACUCCUGGUGUACCCAGUGCUGAGUGAACGGCUGCAGAAAGAAUGGGAUGAAACUGAGCAGGCUCGAUAUGAUGGACUCAUCACGGAGCAGGGUUAUAGUAAAAUGUUAAGGGAGCUGUUUGAAGAAGCAGGGUUUCUGAAGAAGACACGGCAGCAGAAACAGGAGGAACAGAAACAAUCACCCGAACACCAGAGUCCGGACCCGUGCAAACAGGACUUUGAGAAACAGAGGGCAGAAAUUGAACGACUUCGCUCUCUCCUCACCCAACACAACAUAUCCUAUGACCCACAGACAGUCAGGUUAAAGACCCCAGUGACCCCUGAACCCGCAGUCAGGUUAAAGACCCCAGUGACCUCUGAACCAUCCGUGCGGCAGGACCAGCAUCUCCGAGGUGACACUGGGGUUGUUGCUGACCUGUGAGGUCAACACCUGCAUGUCUGAGGUCCCCAGUUUAGGAAACCAGUACAGUGACUACAAGCAGAACCACAGACAGCCUGGGUGUGUUUUCAGAACAACAGUGUGAAGUGGAAGAGGAAAUUCAGUAUUCAGUACCUGAAUGUUGGGUUCAGAUGAAUCAGAUUCUCCAAAUGAGAGAUUUGCCAGAUGUGGACAGUGGAACAGGUCUUAAAAUCAAAAGCUAAAGUUUACUUCUGAGGAUGUACAUUUAUUAAAAUGUUAACUACUGAAAAUGAAAACUCCUGAUAUACCCAAAGACCCUGUGCAGUUUCAAACACACACACCUUUUAGAUUGAAAUGUGAAUGGUGUCAAAUGUUUGGAAGAAAUGUUGAUUAAAUUGUGUGUUCCAGUGAUGGAUUCUGUCAUUUGGCUGUGGCUUCAGAAUCAGUUUUCUUAACAAUGUUUCCAGGUGGGGUAGGUUUUGUUUGGUAUUGUUGUUGGUAUUGUUGUUUUUCCUAUCUCAU